CUUGGCCCCUCUCAAGCGGCUCGCGAGCCGGGUUGAUGGAUUGUCGUCCUGCUCUUGCGGGCGUGGGAGUAAAGGGCGGGUUGGUUAUACUGCAAGAAGGAUUGAAAAAUGCACGUCGGCGGUCAGAGCAGUGGAUUGAAGGCGUCUGGCAGCAGCAGAGGAGGCUUGGUAGGCUUGCCAUUCCUUGCGGCCUUGGCAGCCACUGCCACUGCUACUCGAGCCAUGGACGACUCCCUCGACAAGACUACACUCUCGACCAUCGGCCUGCUGGAGGCCCGCCUGCUGCGCCUCGAGCACAUCGUCUACGGCCCCGCUGGCGCCCCCGAUGCGCCGCCCAGGACCUCGGCCGUCAGCUCGUUACUAGACCUCGAGAGGCGCUUUGCGAGGCUCGUCGACAGGACGCGAGUCUACGGCGACCUGCUGAACAUAUACAAAAAACACCCGGACCUCUUCGCCUCGACCGACCAGCCCAUCUCCCAGGAUCCCAAGAAGCCGCCGCAGCCCCCGACCCGCCUCGGCCUCGGCGAGCUCCGCGCCGUCGUCCUGGCCUCGGCCGCCUCCUUCCCGGCCACAGCCUCGGCCCUCGCCGCCUCGGUGACGGGCGACGUACCCGUGCCGGACGCCGCCCUGAGCGCCGCCCUGGGCCGCUUGCUGCGCUGCGCCGACGCCGUCGCUGAUGCCGAGGCCCGCGCCAACCGAGUCGAGGCCGCCCUGCGCCGCGAGGAGGGGCGGAGGGCCAAGGCUGCGGCGGCGUGA